GGUUUCGCCAUGUUGGCCAGGCUGGUCAUGGACUUCUGACCUCAAGUGAUCCGCCUGCCUUGGCCUCCCAAAGUGCUGGGGUUACAGGCGUGAGCCACCGUGCCCUGCCACUAUCAAUUUUAGAACAUUUUCAUCACCCCCCAAAAUAAAAUCCAUACCCAUUCCCAGUCAUUCCUCGUCUCCCCUCCAGCACUCUGGCUCUAGACAACCACCAGUCUGCUUCCUAUCUCUGCAUUUGCCGAUAUUAGACAUUUUCUAAAACUGAUCAUAUAACAUGUGACCUUUUGUGUCUGGCUUCUUUCCAUAAUGUUUUCAGGGUCCACCUAUGUUGUAGCAUAUGCCGGACCUUCAUUCCUUUUCAUGGCCAAAUAAUGUUCCAUUGUAUGGAUGUGCCAUGUUUAUUUACCCAUUCAUCAGUUGAUGGACACUUGGGUCCUUUUGGCUACUAGGAAUAAUGCUGCGAGGAACAUUCACCUGCACACAUUUUCAUGUGGACAUUGUGUUCAUAUCUCUUGAGCCGAUCCAAGGAAUGGAAUCACUGGGUCCUAUGGUAACUCUGUGUUAAUGUUGUGCGAAACUGCCAGAGUGUUUUCCAAAAUGUCUGCACCAUUUUCCAUUCCCACCAGCAGUGUAGGAGGGUUCCAGUUUCUUCCUAUCCUUGUCAGCACUUGUUAUUGGCUAUUUCUUUGACUACAGCCACCCACAUAAUAACUUUAAUAGGCUGAUUUUAUUUAUCCUCACAUUCACUUUGUGAGCCUUUGUUUUGGUUCCCCCACUGAGGGAAACUGAGGCUCAGGGUGGUCGAGUCAGUGGUUGAAGACCCCAUGGAGAGAUACCUGGAUCAGAUACCUAAUGAACGCUGGGGCAGGGGGCCCCGUCUGCCUCGGCAUCCCCAGGAUUCUAGAGGCCUCUGGCUCCCUUGGAGAGAGGAGCUGGAGCUGGUGGAGGAUGUGUGGCGAGGGGAGGCGCAGGACCUCCUCUCCCAGAUCGCCCAGCUGCAGGAGGAGAACAAGCAGCUCAUGACUAACCUCUCCCACAAGGAUGUCAACUUCUCAGAGGAGGAGUUCCAGAAGCACGAAGGGCUCUGUCUUCAAGGCUGGAGUGCAGUGGCGCAAUUAUAGUUCACCAUAGCCUCAGCCUCCUGGGCUCAAAAGAUUCCCCCACCUCAGUCUUCUAAGUAGCUGGGACGACAGGCAUGUCAGAGCGGGAGCGACAGGUGAUGAAGAAGCUGAAGGAGGUGGUGGACAAACAACGCGACGAGAUCCGCGCCAAGGACAGGGAGCUGGGCCUGAAAAAUGAGGACGUUGAGGCUUUACAGCAGCAGCAGACACGGCUGAUGAAGAUCAACCAUGACCUUCGGCAUCGGGUCACGGUGGUGGAGGCCCAGGGGAAAGCCCUGAUCGAACAGAAGGUGGAGCUGGAGGCAGACCUGCAGACCAAGGAGCAGGAGAUGGGCAGCCUGCGAGCAGAGCUGGGGAAGUUGCGAGAGAGACUGCAGGGGGAGCACAGCCAGAAUGGGGAGGAGGAGCCUGAGACGGAGCCAGUUGGAGAGGACAGCAUCUCCGACGCAGAGAAGGUGGCCAUGGAUCUCAAGGACCCCAACCGCCCCCGGUUCACCCUGCAGGAGCUGCGGGACGUGCUGCACGAGAGGAACGAGCUCAAGUCCAAGGUGUUCUUGCUGCAAGAGGAGCUGGCUUACUAUAAGAGUGAAGAAAUGGAAGAGGAAAAUCGAAUACCCCAACCCCCACCCAUCGCCCACCCGAGGACGUCCCCCCAGCCGGAGUCGGGCAUCAAGCGACUGUUUAGCUUCUUCUCCCGAGAUAAGAAGCGCCUGGCCAACACGCAGAGAAAUGUGCACAUCCAGGAGUCCUUUGGACAGUGGGCAAACACCCACCGCGAUGACGGUUACACAGAGCAAGGACAGGAAGCCCUGCAGCACCUGUGACCUUGGCCCAUCUCCACCCUCCAACCUGGACUGCCUGCCACCAGCGCCUGCAACCGAACUGCAGCCCAGGGGUCGUUGCUGCCUCAAGCCUCUCAGUGCAGACGCACCCUGAAAACUGACCCCUCAAACAGACUGUCUGAUUUGAGGAUGGACAUUGAAAAACUGACGCCAAACCCUAAAGAAAUGUUUAUUUAUACCCAGGGCUAUCACUGUUUCUAAUAGAUGACUCUGAUCCCGUAGGAUAUAUAUUUAAUAAUCCCACGAACGGAGGCCAGACUUCUGCGUUAACUUCAGUAACACAAACUUCUUUAAGCCAAAUACAUCACUUGCCACUAUCGUUGCUGUUUGACUUGCUUUGUAUAAAAUGCUAUGUGUAGAGGUUUUAUUAUCACAGAUGACAUAGUUCAGCAGGAGGCAUGGAAGGGCUAGAUCUUCAUUAGUUACAUUCAUGAAAUUGUGAUGGUAACGUAUUAUAUAGAAUGUAUCCAUCAGGCAGACAAGGGGGUCUGAAGUCACAGGCUCAGUAGCCCAACUCAGACAAUAUGGAUGAUGGUCCUCCUACCCAGAAACUGGAGACAACUUUGCAGGCACCCUGGCUGCAUUCCUGAUAAUGCCUAGCACAUGUAGCAAUGUUCAGGGCAGGUGCCUUGGAAUCUGCUGUGUUAUGCAGUACUAACCAAACAAAGUUGCUAAGGAUGAGAUGUUGCAACAUUUCUUGUGUGCACUUUUUCUUCCUGACAUCUUUUUUUCCUUUUAGGAUUCAUUAAGUCAUAUACUUAGUCCCCUGCAAAGAAGAAGACAAAUGUCCCAGAGCAGAUUGAAAGCGGGGCGUGAGAUCCUAGGCAAUGCAGGAGGGCAGGUUGGGGAGCUGUAGCAGAACAAGGGUGCUAGGUGGGAAGCUGGCUUGGGGACCACAGGUCUGGCUGACUCACAGGGCUACAGCAGCAGACGGAGAGCCAGAUGCUCUGCCUGCAACUGGUGAGUUGGAGGCUUGCCCACAUAACACUGUCUUUCUCUCCACCCGCCAAGCAUCCAGGGCACAGGGCUGGGUGCUCACAGAUUGAGCAAGGUAGCACCUCCUACCAGCACUCACGUUUAUCAGGGCCGCGUUCUAAACAUUCUACUGAAGUUUGCUAAGAAACCAUCAGGUGAGGCCGGGCACAGUGGCUCACACCUGUAAUCCCAGCACUUUGGGAGGCCAAGGUGGGUGGGUCACUUAAGGUCCGGAGUUCGAGACCAGCCUGGCCAACAUGGUGAAACCCCAUCUCUACAAAAAUACAAAAAAAUUAGCCAGGCAUGGUGGCGCACGCCUAUAAUCCCAGCUACUCAGGAGGCCAAGAUAGGAUAAUCCCUUGAACCUAGGAGGCAGAGGUUGCAGUGAGCCUAGAUCGUGCCAUUGCACUCCAGCCUGGGCGACAGAGUGAGACUUCAUCUAAAAA